AAAUCCGCCCAAUCUGGCAACGCUGUCUGGCAGCUCGGCUUCGCCGAACAAACGCUUUAUUAUUAGCAGAUAGUUUGUAAUCUUUUCAUAACCUUUUCGGAAUAUGUAUUAAACACACUUAACAGCAACGUGUGGUCGGAACUAGCGUGUGAAUGUCACGUGUGCUACGUCACGCUCUUGUUGCAAUGCAUUAGUUGUCCAAACUUAAUACGUUGCUUAGCAACUUCGAAAAAAAAUCUGACAGUCGUCGUUUGACGUUAGUUGGUAAGAAUCUUUGUGCAUUUUGCAAACGUGCCAAAGACAAAAUAUGGCUCUAGCAAACGCAGAGAUUACUGUGAGAGAGGGCGACCUGGAACGCUGCCUGCCCCAAAUAUACAAGGCCCUAUUGACAGCGGCCUGCCUGUCAUGUCCCAAUGAUCCCAUACAGUUUCUGAAGAACAGACUCGUGGCCUUCCAGGGGCACGAUGACCUUCAACAGGUCGACUGGUACAAGUUUUUUGCUGAUGCAGAACAGCAUCUUUCAACAAUCUUUGCGACAACUGUUGACCCAGUUUUUACGGACCCAGGCGACACCAUGAUGUCCGAUGGUCUGUUUGAGAAUGCCUACAGCUGUUAUAGGAAUACUUUAACAAACGCCUGUUUCAGGAGGUGGAAGCGGUUCACUACACAGAGAAAGAGUAGAACAGAGCAGGCUCUGAAGAUGGACACGGCAAAGCAGCAUUAUGAGAGGAGAUGCCAGCGGGUCGCUCUCACCAAAUGGUCCAACUGUGUAGGGUUACCCAAGAAGACACAGGGUGUGGAGAAAGUUGAUGGCGGCCGGGUUGAGCGCAUGGUGGCGGCAUGGCGUAACCUGGCUAGUGACUCAAAGAGGGCCAAAGAGCACUUAAAGAGCUUGGAGACAGAGUUUAUAGAGAUGGGCAACAAAGUCCAGCAGAUGGGGGAAGGAUGUGAGGGACUCUCAGCGCUCCCCACGAGCCUCUUGAUGAAGAUCUUCCAAUAUUUAGAGUUGCGAGACUUGCUGAAUUGUGCCGAGGUGUGUUGCUCAUGGGCAGCUGUCAUCCAGUCGGGCCCACUGUGGAGUCAGAUUAACUUCUCUGUGGAGAAAGACUGGAUAACAGACUGCACAGUGAAGCAGAUUCUGCAGAACUUCCGCCCAUUUGUCACCCACCUGAACCUGCGUGGCUGCACAUCUCUGAAAUGGCUCAGCUUGAAAUGUAUAAGUGAAUGCAGGAAUCUCCAGGACCUCAAUUUGUCGGAGUGUUUUAAUGUUACAGAUAAGAUGGUCCAGAGUAUUGUGGAGGGCUGCCCCGGUUUGCUCUACUUAAACCUGUCUGGCACACUUAUAACAAACAGAACUCUGAGGGAACUUUCCAGGAAUUGUCUCAAUCUUCAAUACCUGAGCCUGGCGUACUGCUGCACAUUCACAGAUAAAGGCUUUGUGUACCUCACCAGAGAAAAGGGCUGCCGAAAUCUCAUCCACCUCAACUUGUCCGGCUGCACUCAGAUGACUGUAAAUGGGCUCAGAUACAUUUCUGCUGGAUGCCCGUCACUCAGGGAGAUUGUAAUCAAUGAGAUGCCCACGCUAUCAGACAGCUGUUUCCUGGCGCUAAUUGCCAGAUGUUCCUGUCUGUCUGGCAUUUCCCUGCUUGGCGCUCCUCAUCUUACCGACGUUGCCUUAAAAGCCAUCGCUGAGGUCGCCAAACUAAAGACUUUUAGGACAGAGGGAAACAACCAACUAACAGACUCCGGCUGGAAGACGCUGUGCAGCAGCUCACCAGACCUCUGCAGACUCCAGGCUGCAGAAUGCUGCGGAAUGACUGACACGGCCCUCAAGUCUGUGGGCAACCUCAAGAACCUGCACAACCUGGACAUUUCACUUUGCAACAGGGUGAGUGAUGCUGGGAUCCAGUAUCUGAUUGAAGGUUCCUCAUCCACCAAACUGAGGGAGCUGAAUGUCAGUUACUGCAGCCUCAUCACAGACACAUCUGUAAUGAGGAUUGCACAAAGGUUGUGUAAACUGUAUGAUCUCAACUUGAGUUAUUGUGAGAGACUGACUGAUGGGAGUUUGGAGUGGUUGAGUGGCAGCUCCAUCUGCUCCCUCGACAUGAGCGCUUGCAACAUCAUGGAUCAGGGCCUUGCGUCUCUUGAGGGAAUUCACUUGAAGAAGAUCAUUCUUGCCGAAUGUGUCUGCAUCACUGAUGUUGGCAUCGAGAAGCUGUGCAGGACCGUGAGACACCUGGAGCACGUCGACGUGUCUCACUGUGUAGCCCUGUCGGACUCGGCCAUUAGAGCCGUUUCAUUCUACUGCAGAGGUCUGGUCACACUGCGGAUGUCGGGGUGUCCCAAGAUGACGGAUAUGGCAGUGCAGUGCGUGACAAGUGGAUCUCAGUACCUGCGAGAACUUGAUGUGAGUGGCUGUGUUCUUCUAACAGAUCGUAGUCCCAGACUCUUGGAGAGGGUCUGUCCUCCACUCCGUUCCAUCGCCAUGCUCUGCUGCAGCAGCAUCUCCAAGGGGGCCGCUUUAAAGCUUCGGCCACAUGUAAAGCACUGGGAGCACAGCAGUGACCACCCUCCAUACUGGUUUGGAUAGAACAAGGGUCAAAUAGUGUCUCCACUCACAAGAUCAAGACUGAUGAACGUGGUAAGUGGUGGAACAGAAGUCAGUGGUGACAAGGGGAUGUAAACAGAUCUCCACGAGCAAUAAUCAUUAUUGAUUAUUAUAUGAGCCUUUUCAACCAACCAUUUUGUAUGAUAUACUUCCACACAGUGAUGAAUGAUAUGGUUAAAAAAUCCCCAAUCACUGGUUAAUCAGAUCAAGUCCUAGAUAGAAACUUAGCACAGUUACCAUGGUUACCACGCCGCCACAAAAAUGUGUAUUUCAUCCUGGAAUGUUCUGUGCUUCUGUUUUGAGUUUGAUGCGGUCGAGGUCUCUUCAUGCCUCUAAACUUUUAAAUAACAAUUUUCCUUUAUUAUUCCAGUUCAUGGAGAUUAUGUUGUUUCCCUCCUGUGAUAUAUUUCA